AUGACUCCGGCAGAGGACGAAAGGUCCCCUCUUUCUACGCCGGAGGUGGAGCAACUGAGCCAGCCGCUUCCGCCGCCGGAGGUGGAGAAACGGAGCCUGUCACUUCCGUCGCCAUACCCGUCUCCACCAAAACAGCGGCAAGAGUUGUCUCCAAUUUCACUGCCGUCGCUGUCGCAGCAGGACAAGCCACUUCCGCCGCAGCCGCCUAUCCGACAGCCGUCUCCGUCUGUAUCUCUGGCUCCGACGACACAACACAACCAGGCGCGUUAUGCAUGUUCCGAGUGCGGUAAGGUGUUCUCUUCCUACCAGGCCUUGGGGGGCCACAAAGCCAGCCAUCAGAAGUUCCCUGCCGAAUACAGAGCCGCCGCGUCAGCGGCAGUCGUCACCGGAGCAGCGGACCAAAACAAGCCUCACGCUUGCUCUUUUUGCUCCAAGUCGUUCGCGACGGGGCCAGCGCUAGGCGGGCACAUGAGGGCUCACUACGAGAGAAAUAGACGGCAAGCCGCAGCCGAGAACAGGCCGAUGGCUGGGCCAUCGUCUUCGCUGACUGAGUGCUCGACGGCGAUGGGCUUGUUAAUUGACCUCAACCAGGAGGCGAUGCCGGAAGCGGAAUUGGCUAACGAAGAGGAAACGGAUAGCGCGAAGUCUUCCUCCAGUCAACACCAGAGCCAUCGCGGAGUCUUUUUCCCGUCAACACCAAAGCCACCGCGGAGUCUUCUUCUAGUCAACACUAGAGCCACAGCAGAGUCUUCUUCCAAUCAACAACAGAGUAGUGUGCCCAGCCAACCAUCUUCUCAGCUUUCAGACAGGAUCAUAUUUAGCGUCGUAUAUCGGAACUACACCUGCAUCCGAGACGUGAAGAUGAAAGAUGUUGGACAACUCACCACAGAAACAUUAACUCAAAGAGUUACAGAUACUAAUUAA